AUGGCAAAUCGAACACUCCCAAAGUUUGAACAGGCGGGAAGGUUUGUUGGAGAAGGAAACUCCGGAGCAAGGUGGCUGUCACGACUCGAAUAUGAUUUCAGGACGGCGGGGCAUACGACGGUCUCACCAGAAAAUUUUUUCUUCGCGAUUGAUAUCCUUUUUGAAGACGAAGCGGCAGGAUGGCUUGAUUCAACUCCGGAAUUAAGGGCCUUCAUUGACGACCGGCAGAAUUCGACAGAUGAGCAGGUGGCUGAGUUUAAACAACAGCUAAUUGAAAUGUUCCCCGCCAAGUUGGUAAAUCACGUCGAAGGGAACCUGCAGAAUGAUAUCCAGGAUUUUAUGCAGAAGGAAGCUGAACCACUGACAGCAUACUAUCAGCGUGCGCUACACAUUCUUCGUCGGUCACACGGAAGGGAUGCCCCAAGGACAGCAGCUCUGGGCAGACCAAUGAUUCCUAUUGAGCAAACAGUGCUCAACUCCAUUAUCCUUGCGUUCCUCAAUGGGCUUCGUGAAGAAGAUGUCAGGUGUGAAGCGCUUUCCAGGUCCGCGCUAUCAUGCGGUUCAAUGUGGAGAUGUCAAGAAAUAAUCCUUGGGGUUAAGCAAAGUCUAGAUGCGGCUAAGGAAGCUAGAGAAAGAGCCGCUGAGAGGAACGAAAUGGCGCAAAUUCGAGAUCUAUGCUCAUCUCAUUACGGGAAAUCCGUCUCAUCUGUGCUUGCAAACUUAAGUUCUGGGAGGAUAAUGGUACCUAAGCCAAGGCAGGGCUUCAGCAAUGAAGCCUCAUAUUAUCAACCUCGGCCUCCGCAUCAUCAACAACAACAGUUUGGGAACGGGUUCAAUCAUGCCAAUAAGGACUCACCUCCUGCCCAUCAGACUCUUGGAGGAAACACCACUAAUCGUCAGAGCACAUAUAAUCCUGGGAACGUGUCUAAGAAUGCGUUUGUUAAUGGAGCUGCUAUCUACAAGGCGAGUGAUGGACCGUUGUGUUUUGGAUGUGGCCAUGUAGGGCAUAUUAAACCGAAAUGUCAGAAUCUGCAACUUCAGAACUGGGAGCAAAUUCACCUCAAGAAUUUAAUAUAUGAUCGCCCUCAACCUCCGAGAGAAUCAAACUCGGUACACUACGGUCAUAGAUACGGUAGGUGGAAAGAGAGUCAAGAUUUUCACCGUCCACUAAAUCCUCACUCUGAUUUGCACAAUCUAAGUGAAAAUUAUUCCUCUAGAUCUCGAGGAAUGAAUGGUAACUAUAUGGAUGUCCCAGACCAACCUCAAUUGAACUCCGCUUUUGGAUAUAGGCCAGAAAACUACGGUUCAAGUCAACACAGCCGGAAUCACCCACCAGCAAGGACUGAGAGUCAGGAGACGCAUAGAGAUGAACCUGAGGGAUCUUGGAGAGCGCCGCCCAAAGUUCAUUUCGCGGAUCAAAGAGAUGCGGACUGUUCACUCAGUCAGUUUGCCGACAUCGAUAUACCAGAUGAUCAUUGGCAACACACUGAAUCAAAGGCCUGCGAACUAGGCACACAGGUUCAAUCAUUCAGCUCUGGACCAGGUAGGAAGAGGCAACGAAUCGAUAUAGAAGAUAUCCUUAGCAAUAAUUCGCCCAACGAGCCUGUCAAUGAGGAUGAAAAUCCUGGAAUAUGUCGGCCUAUAAAACCGGCAAGAAAAGGAAAGCGGAUUCUAAAGCAUUUGAGGGAGAUAGUGGGCAGAGAGGGAUGCGGCCCUAUGGAUUAUGUGGAACUGGCGAGAAGAAUAUGUAUACCUCUAAAUCUUCUUGAGCUCUGGCAAGUGAGUCCAGAUACGGCAAAGGAAUUCCGAAGACUCUCAACGAGGAUGAACAAGAAGAAAGGGAAGCAAGUGCCAGCACAAUUUUUCUCAAGUGCGGCCGAUAACGGUCUGGCUCGGUCGGUCCAGAAGAGCCAGGAAACAAAAGCUUUUCGAAUUCCUGUUGUAGCGCGCGCAGAAGCAAACGGGAAAAUAAUAAAAGUUGCAUUGCCAAAGCAUAUCUCGCAGGCAGACCAAGGAUCAGAGAUGAACAUCAUCUCGCAGAGCCUCGUUAAAGCUCUGAGGCUUGAAAAGAUCAGCUUGGGCACCAAGGGGUUCAGUGGUCUUACGAUGAACACAGCCGAUGGCAGUGCAACGGAAUUAUCUCAUUUUGUUAGUUUCGACAUCGGCGUUUGCAGAAUUUGGAGACGAAUAGAUGCGUUCGUGCGCCCAGUCGUGAAGAAGAAUGGUGAACUUGAUCUUCACUUACUUCUAGGAAUACCUUGGUUACACGACGUUAAUGCAGGGAUUUUUAUUCGCGACUCCAAAAUAAUUCUUGGAGAUCCGAAAUUGAAUGAGGCGAAGGCCGCUAUUGUAGGCCCAACUGAGGAAAUUACGAAAGAGGAUAGUGAAAACCCUUUUUGUCAACAACCUCAGGACUCUGAUCUUCAAUCUUGUGUCUAA